UCGUCAAACUUAUUUCUAUCGAUGAUUGGUUUAGAAGUAAUUUAGUCACAGGUACGUUCGAAGUGGGGACGGCUUACAUCGCAUCGGUGGGCAGUGUUUGCAGGAGUCAGUAGUGAAUUGUAGAAACUGGGAGGGUACUUGCCUGUGAAAGAUUUGGUGCUUGCGUGCGUGUUUGGUGUUAUUUUUUUUUGGUAAAUAAGCAGUCAGUAUAAUUAAUUGGAACUGGAGCCGGGAGCUGUGAGUGUGUGCAGUGACAGCCAUGGGUCUCCGAAAGAAGAACAAAAGCCCGCCGGUCCUUAGCCACGAGUUCGUGAUCCAGAAUCACGCGGAUAUGGUGUCUUGCGUGGCCAUGGUCAUCCUGCUGGGACUCAUGUUUGAGGUAACAGCAAAGUAUGCCAUCAUGUUUAUCACUGUCCAGUACAAUGUUACAUACACUGAAUAUAGGUCUGAACCGAUAAACUUCUAUGACUAUGGACCAAAAGAUUUAGCUACUAUUUUCUUCUACAUGCUGGUAGCCAUCAUUCUUCAUGCCUUGAUCCAGGAGUACAUUCUUGACAAAAUUAACAGACGGCUUCAUUUAUCCAAAACCAAGCACAGCAAAUUCAAUGAAUCUGGUCAGCUUGCUGCCUUUUAUUUAUUUUCCUUCAUCUGGGGGACCAGCAUCCUGACUGCAGAGGAAUUUGCUUCAAACCCUACUCUUUUGUGGGAGGGAUACCCACAUUUACAUAUGUUCUUUCAGGUAAAAUUCUUCUACAUUUGCCAGAUUGCCUACUGGCUUCAUGCACUGCCUGAACUCUACUUUCAGAAAGUUCGAAAGGAGGAUAUUCCUCGGCAGCUGAACUAUAUUUGCCUUAAUGUUUUCCAUAUUGCUGGUGCCUAUAUAUUAAAUCUUCACCGCCUUGGCCUGACGUUGCUCGUGCCACACUGCCUGGUGGAACUCCUGUUCCACGCCUCUCGACUUUUCUACUUUAGUGAUGAAAACAAGCAAAAGGGGUUUACUCUCUGGGCCCUGCUGUUUGUAAUGGCUCGUCUCCUCACCCUCACUCUCUCUGUCCUCACUUUUGGCUUUGGUCUCGCUCGCUCAGAAAACCAGGGAUUUUCUAUCUCCGAGGGGAACUUUAAUGUUCUGAUUGUCAGGAUUGGCUGUUUGGCUGCUAUUUGUCUGACACAGGCUUGGAUGAUGUGGAAGUUCAUAAAUUUCCAGUUGAAGAAAUGGAGAGAACACAGCCAGAACCAAGCCACCAAAAAAAAAAUCACCAGUCUUAAAAGCAGGCCUUCUAAAAAAGAAUCCAACAGAGGAAAUUCUGUUAAUGGAGUGGUGAAGUUGGAGGAGAGAACAUCACCCCGCGCACGAAAAGCAAAAGCUUCUUAAAGCAUGUGUUUCCAAAAUAGAAGUAUAAAAAGAUAGUGUAAGAGCAGUGUGCUACCCUAUCUCACCCUAAAAGUUGCCUGCCUCCUGCCCACAAAAGAGCAUUAGCACAAUCAGAUGACAAUAAAUCAGCAUUGUCAGGUGAAAAUGAAGCAUAUUGCAUGCUUUGGAAUUGUUUUUAUCAAUUACUUAAAAAUGUGUAAUUUAAUGCAAGUUUUUCUCUCUAUGCCAUUGGUUGCAUAGCAAACCCCAGUUUGUAUUAUCAUUUUUUACACCUAUUGAAUCUGAUCAAAUAGUGUGAACAGCAGCCUCUGUUCAAAAUGAUUUGACAUGGUACUAUCAUAGUGUUUACUGCCAAGUAGCUGGUUAGGGCGAGUUAAACCUUUCUGAUGCCUUUACCAAACACUGUUGCAAUGCCAGGCAAGCAAAGCAGCUGUCAUGUUGCUUAAACUGUUCUGGAUUUGUAAUUAUUUUAUUAAAACAUUCAUAUGUGAUGCCACUUAUUUUUUGGGGGAGGUUAAAGGAUCAUUUAUGAAGAGUAAGAGAUUCUUACCUGUAAAAAGCCUUAGUCAUUGGGCUAUAAAUGCUGUGCAGGUUAAAGCAUUUCUUCUGGAAACCUUAAAUGCCUACAUUGGCAGAUUACAAGGGCCAUGAGACAGUGGAUCAUGUACAGUAUAAAAUGUGUAUCCAAGACAAGUAAGCAGUGCCGACCUUGACAUUUUGAAAUGGAUGUACUCAUCAGAAAUGCAUUGCUUUAAAGUGAGAAUCUGUGUGUAAAUUGUGGAAAUGCUAUACAAGCAAAGCAGAGGGUCUGUUUUUUGUGGUUAAACUUAACCGAUGGGCUGAUAUCGAUCAUAGUUCAGGCACCUAGUGGCCUUUUAAUACAUCCUGGUAAUUUUACAGUGCUUAUCUUGGGUCAAACAUAACCCAUACUGCAGAGCAAUGCAGAACAUGAUCCAAACACAAUUCUUGAAGUGUCCUUAUAUGUAAAAUGUUAAAUAUGUCAACCAAUUUCAAAGUUAAGAUUAGGACUGUUAUGUAGCUUCUCGAAUGGUUCAGAAUGUUUUUGUCCAUCCUCUUUAGCCUUUUGGAAUGCUCCCUCUGUGUGUGUGUGUGCGCAUUGUUUUAGAUGCAUGGAACUGGGUGGCUGUGACUCCGCUUUAAGAUUUCAAUAGGUUUGUAUCUCUGCUGUAACAAUGCAAGGUAACAUUUAAUCAGUUUGUCAAUGUCUUUUUUUUCUGAACCAUUGUUUAUGCUAAUAGAGGUAUAACUAACAAAGUUGUUUAUACUUUGAAUCACCUCUGCAAAACAAUCCUAUAAAGGAUCAUUUUUCAUGUUGCAAGUGAUGCUAGAAAGGACGUGAUCAACUACAGCAGAAAAUGGGUCCACGUUUAGGUGCAAAAUCCUUUCCCUUCCCAUUGAUUUAGAUAAUGCUGGCAGCAUAGAAAGGUGUGCUAUUACCUAUGUGCAGUACUGUCACUGUUCAUAAUUUAAAGUAUCUCUCAUUUCUGUGGCAGUCUAUUUAUUCCAGUAUUAGGAUAGGAUUGCCCUUUACCUUGAAAAUAGCAACUACACCAUCCGACACAGUCUAUUACCACAAGCCCAGUGAAUUAUGUGCAGUGACCAAUACUCGCAUUCAUUCUUUGUUGCAGCAAUUUCUAAGGAGGGAGGGGAUGUCAACUUGUGACAGUCCUACAGUUCAUUUUGCAGAUUACAAAAUAAGCAGCGUAUACAGUGUUUAAGUGUUCUUAUUACCAAAUGCUUGUGAAGUUUAUAACCUAUUUUUUUUAUAGACCAAAAUGUAAAAAAUAAACUGUAAAAUAUUCAACCUCAAAAUAAUUCAUUGACUUUUCUAACUCUGAACAUGUGUGUUGAAAUGCCUGGAAACUUGGGCGCUCACAACUGCACAUUUCCUAUGGAAAUAAUAUGCAUUAUAGUAACAGGAUUAAUUUUGCAGCCUUUAACGUGUAACUGCUGAGCUGCUGUGUCAAGCAGUUAACAUAACGGUGUCAAAAAGCACAGCUGGCCAGAUAUUUUCAAAAUUCGAAUACCUGUCCCUGAGUACAGGUUUCUCGUGUAUAGUUGCUGAUGUUAGAAUAAAUAAAAGGAUUCUGUAUUGACCGUAGUAGUUUCAACCAAAAUCUUCUAAGCUGUAUAAAUGCCGUAGUUGCCAAAGCUUCAGUUAUUGGUCACUGCAAGAGCUAAGCAUUUGAAGUGACUGGCUAACACAUUUAUCAGGCUUCUUAAAUUAUCAAGCACAGAUUAUAAAAUCAGAUAAAAUGUAGUAUUAACUUCAACAGGCAUGCACUAGUUAUUUAGGCUAAAAGUUAAACACAGCCAGAAAGUCUUAAAAGAGGGCAGCAUGGAAGUAUGCUGUCACAUUAUAUUAAGUAUGGUGUAUUUAAGAAUGUUGCAAUUCAGAUGGUAGAUUACCAAAUAAUUUAUUUUUAAGCACCUUGUUUUGUCUCUUUCUGUUACAUGUUCUAUGAAUUUAGGCUGCACAUCUUUUAUGAUGAUCUUACCACAAGAUUCAUUCCUGCCAGGUUUUUUAUGUAUUUCAAGUCACAGCAGUACAGUACUGGCAAAAACCCAGUUGUGAUGUUUUUUAUUGCUACAUUGUAUCAUGCAUUUUAUGAUUUAACAAUAACUUUUAAUUUAGUUUUAGUCUAGUUUUAGUUUAGUGUAACUUGUGUGCUUUUAAACUGUGUUGUGAUUUAAAGAUCAUUAAUUUUAGUUACGCAUAUACCAAUAAUAGAUAGCACAAGCUACAGUGACUCUCGGAUGGCAUCAACACAUAUCCGAAGAGUACCAUCCAGUGAUAGUUUGUGUCAUUCCAACAGAAAUGUUGCAGGCUGUUAUCGGCAACAUUAUUCCUCCGGUUCUUUGACAGUGUUCAACAUAUGAUUCUGUGAUGCUCUACUGUACUCUACUGUAAAAAAAGAAAAGAAAAAACUUGGCACCAUUGUCAUUAAUGAACACUGCAUUAAUAAGGCCCACAAACAUCAUGACCCCCCUGUACUUGGAUUUCUGGAAGGCACAUGAAAUUGAAAUCGUAAAUCGAGAAUAUACAUUUACCUGACUCAGUUUUGUUUUAAGAACAAACUAUGUAUAAACUUAUGAAACAAAGAAACGGGAUGAAAGUUAUCACUAUGGAUUUUUGAUCAGCCUUAGGAUGCUUCACAUGGAGCUGUGAGCAACAUGCACAUGAAAUAUCCUGUACUGUACUUUACUGGAAGUUAUUAUGGAUAUUGUAAUUAAGUUGAAAAUAUUAAAUGCCAUGUUGAACUCCACUGCUGGAUAAAACCAUACUUAAUUGUAUAUAUCAUUUAAUGAAUUAUGCAUUUUCCUAAUAGGAAUGUGCUGCACAACUACUGAUGAGGUGCAACAAUACACAUAGUUAUUAUGUUCAUGGCCAUUAUAAUAUUUAGAUUUUUUUUUUUUAUACAGUUGACGAGGGUGUGGUCAUCCAGAAUUAGCACAAUCCUGUUUAUCAAUCCCAAUUGCGUACUAGACAAACACUUUCAGAUGGAGUAUUCUGCCAAAAGCACCACAAUUCUGCUUUGUUUGAACUAUGUACACUUUAUUUAUGUAUUUAUUUAUUUUUAUUUUUUUUGCCGUUCAUGUGAUAUUUUAUAAAACUAGUACUGUGUUUGAGUUGCUUGCUUGGAUGUGGAAAACUAUUGCUUUUUGUAAAAGUUCUGACACUGACAUGUUCUGAAGAUAUUUGUAUGUAUUUAUGCAAGUCUUUGUGUGAUUCUAGUUUAAAUAAACCUUUGUUGAAUAACCAAAA